CAUUUUCACUCGCUGUCAGCUGUUCUUAUGUGACAAACCCCGAUGCAAUAGCUUGACUGGGGUCACAUCAGUGAAGCCCAUUAGAGCCAAAAAUAGCCCAACAUGAGUCUGCCCACUACCAGCUGACUGACCUCUGCUCCGGGUUCCGGGUUGGUGCAUCGAGGAGAGGCGACGAGAGGCGACGAGAGGCGGCGGGGAGGGAGGGGUUACGCCCGGAGAGGAAAGUUUUCCCUCGGCCGCUCGAGAAGCCGUGAAGUGAGUUUACGUGCUAUGGCCCGACUCGACCCAGUGUUUUAAGGGACAACGGCGCGGAGAGACUGCGGGGACGCCCGGAAUGCACGACGCGGGGGACUAGUCUGCUCGUCGGAAGAGUGUUUGCAGACAUUCGCCGCACGCUCGCCAAGAGACGGCGGUGUCCCUGCGGGGACCGUGGCUCAUGCGCGACCGACGCCGACGAUGGCAAACGGGAAUCACACGGUUGUGUACUUGUCCGAGCAGGUGGUGGUUUUGUGCUCGUGCGCGCUCUCCUUCCUCGGCUCGUCCCUGAUCAUCCUCACCUACAUCAUCUGGCCGGACUUGCGGACGACUCCGCGGAGGCUGCUGGUUUGCCUCUCGGUGUCCGACUGGCUGUCCGCCGUCUCCUACGCCUUCGGAGUCUGGAGAGUUUUCAGCACCGACUCGCUGGACUGCGUCGUUCAAGGAGCCAUAUCCACUUUCGCCAACACCAGCUCUUUUUUCUGGACGAUGGGCAUCGCCGUCUACCUGUACGUUUUCAUCGUCAGGUCCAGCCAAAGAGUCGCUGACAGCCUGGUGCUGGUUUUCCACCUGGUCAGCUGGGGGGUUCCUCUGAUCAUCACUGUUGCAGCCGUGUCCCUGAACAAGAUCGGCUACGACGCGUCAGAGGUGUCGGUGGGCUGGUGCUGGGUCAAGAUCCACGCUCCUGACCGGAUCCUGUGGAUGCUGCUAACCGGAAAGAUCUGGGAGUUCCUGGCUUACCUCACCCUCCCUGUCCUCUACAUCCUGAUCAAGAGGCACAUCCACAUAGCGCAUGCUGCCCUGUCCGAGUACCGUCCCAUUUUGGCCAACAGGCCUCUGUCCAGCUCCUUCUCCUCCAUGGCUGACAGGAAGCUAACACUUAUUCCUGUCAUCUUCAUCGUCCUGCGCAUUUGGAGCACAGUGCGCUUCAUACUGCUGCUAGCGGGCUCUUCGGCCAGACAGAGCCCAGUGCUGGUCACUCUACAUGGUAUUGGCAACACCUCGCAGGGAGCAGCCAACUGCAUCAUGUUUGUAUUGUUUACUCAGCCAAUCCGCACACGCCUGUGCAGUGCGCUCUGCUGCAGCUCCAAGUGUCAAACAGAGGCAGAGCACUCGCAUGACGCCCCUCACGGGCUGCUGCCGGGACAGGACACCUCCACACAGAGAGAAGAAGACGGCACCGGCCGAGCCGGGAAUGAUAGAUGAUACUCGAUUCUGUGGAUGAAGAGAUAGACAAAGGUUGGCAUAAAGGGAGCGGUGGAACGGCGCCCACUUCACACUGAACCUCAUUACAGCAAGUGCCUGCAGAGAGGAUUGCAGAUUCUGCAGGUGCGUGCACAAUGUGUGCCACAGGAAAAGUCACAUGCCUGCACUCUGGGUGAUGAGGAUGAUGCUGCCUGACUGCACACCAGCAUUUGGGGAAGCAUUUAUGAAAAUGUCAGAAAUUGCACAUGCAGAUACAUUCUGUGAUAGAUGUGCUGCACAUCAAACUUUAAAGUGCCAUUUCACUGUAAGUUGUCCUUUGUACAUGUUUUCUUUUUUUUUGCUUUUUUGAAAACCGGUUCACUCUGCGAAGGACAAUUUUGUAGCCUUAUUUUUGAUGUACUGUGUGGACUCACCUACAUUCUGAGGUUAUCACUGUUAAAUGAAUAUUCAGUUUUCAUCCUGUUCCACUGGGUAGUCAAAUAUUGUAUUUAAUGUAUUACCUGCAUUUCAGUGUAAAGGAAAGGUAAAAAAAAAAAGAAUUUUCACUCUGGGUGAUAAACAUACUGUAAAUGUGUUUAAGCUUGUUAUUAUCACCGAUUGAAUUUUCUGUAUGUUCAGUCAUUGUUUUGCUAAAAUAUGGCUCAAUGCUUUGAGGAAGGUGAAAGCACAACAUGAAAGCAAUGCAUUUAGUCAUAUUUUUGCAAAACAAAGGGUGUUUGAAAGAAACAAGUAUCAGAUGAACACUGUAAAAGAAAGUAAUGCUCCUGGUGGGAUUUGACAAGUUUUUGUGAAUGUUUUGACACUUGAUAAGUUUUACUACGUUUUUACAGUCAUCUUUCAUGCAAGAUAUUCUAUGUUGUUAAAUUUUGGGAUAGAUUAUCACUUUAAUAUAUUCUGCAAUUUAACUUAUAUAUAAUAUUAGAAUAAUUUUCCAGUGUAUAUCCAAUAUGACUUUGGGUGUGUUCAAAAGGUUUGUGUGCAAUUAACUUGCUUACAAUCUGACCAUGUCUUUAAAAUAUACUAAAUGAAAUGACAAUAUGGGCACAGUUUUCUCAGUGUUCAAUUCAAUAAAUAAGUACACUUCUC